GGCUCCUCCUUCGCCCGUCCUCCCCCGUACUCUCUGGGUGGGAAGCGGGGGGUCACCAGGCCUGAGCCGGUGGUGCCGGGAAGGGCCCGGAAGCCUGGGUGUAAUUCAGAGCAAAGAGGCCUUCCCGCGAUCUGCUUCACUCUGCCUUGGAGAGAAACCGAGGCAGGUCUGUCCUGAUCCCCCAGUGUCUGUCCCGAUCCUGUUCCAAUGCACCCCUCUCGGGGGUCUCUCUUCCCCAGCUGCCCGCCCGCUAUCAUCAAUGUCACCCCCGUUGCUCCUGCUGCCUCUGCGCCUCUGCAGGCUAUGGCCCCGCAACCCUCCCUCCAGGUUUCUCACUGCCGCCGCCGGGCAGCGGUUUGGGCCUCUCUUUGCAGGUCUGGUCCUAGUAAUUACUAUGAACUGUUGGGGGUGCAUCCUGGUUCCAGUGCUGAAGAAAUUAAACGUGCUUUCUUCGCCAAGUCCAAAGAGCUACACCCUGACCGAGACCCUGGGAACCCAGCCCUGCACAGCCGCUUUGUGGAGCUGAAUGAGGCAUACCGAGUGCUUAGCCGUGAGCAGAGCCGUCGUAACUACGACUACCGGCUCCGUUCUGCCAGCCCCCCAAAGUCUCCAGGGACCACAACCCAACACAAGUCUGCCCGACACACUUACAGCAGCUCCUGGGAACCCCCCAAUGCACAAUACUGGGCCCAGUUUCACAAUGUGAGGCCACAGGGGCCCAGGUCGAGGCAGCAGCAACGUGAACACAACCAGCGGGUACUGGGUUACUGCCUCCUGCUCAUGCUGGCAGGCAUGGGCCUGCACUACGUUGCCUUCAGGAAGUUGGAGCAGGUGCACCGGAGUUUCAUGGAUGAAAAGGAUCGGAUCAUCACAGCCAUCUACAACGACACCCGGGCCAGGGCCAGGGCCAACAGAGCCAGGAUCCAGCAGGAACGCCGGCAGAGGCAGCAGCCCGGGGCACCCUCCCUGCCUCCGGAAGGCCCCAGGAUGGUGCCCCGGGACAACAGCCCUUGAUGGCUUCACCUAGAUGGAACCUGCCAGGUCCCCUCUUUGCUGCCUGUCCAGGAGAGCACACUUCCCACAACCCGUGCAAUAAAGUACUCGCAGACUUUU